GCGGGACUUGUCUCUGAUUCGCUGGGGUAGUGGUGGGCCAGGCAAGGUGGGAGAGCCAGGAUUUUGAGCUUCUGAAAGCUAGAGUGAGCACCUGUUUUACCGGGCGUGUGAGUGCGUGGAGAUGCGGAAGGUAGUUUUGGUCACCGGGGCGAGCAGUGGCAUUGGUCUAGCCCUUUGCAAGAGGUUGCUGGCCGAAGAUGAUGAGGUUCACCUGUGCUUGGCAUGCAGGAAUGUGAGCAAAGCAGAAGCUGUCCGGGCUGCGCUUGUGGCUUCUCACUCCACUGCAGAGAUCACCAUUGUGCAGGUGGAUGUCAGCAACCUGCACUCAGUGUUCUGUGCUGCCAAGGAACUUAAGCAACGGUUUCGGAGAUUAGAUUAUAUAUAUCUAAAUGCAGGGAUCAUGCCUAAUCCGAAGCUAAAUAUCAAGGCACUUUUCUCUGGCCUCUUUUCAAGAAAUGUGAUUCAUAUGUUCUGUACAGCUGAAGGACUGCUGACCCAACAUGACAAGAUCACAGCUGAUGGGCUCCAGGAGGUGUUUGAGACCAAUGUCUUUGGCCACUUUAUCCUGAUUCGGGAACUGGAACCUCUCCUCUGUCACAGUGAUAAUCCAUCUCAGCUCAUCUGGACCUCAUCUCGCAAUGCAAAGAGGUCUAAUUUCAGCCUUGAGGACAUGCAGCACAGCAAAGGCCAGGAACCCUACAGCUCCUCCAAAUAUGCCACUGAUCUGCUGAGUGUGGCUUUGAACCGCAACUUCAACCAGCGGGGUCUCUAUUCCAAUGUGGUAUGCCCAGGUACAGUAUUGACCAAUAUGACGUAUGGAAUUCUACCUCCCUUUGUGUGGACGCUUCUGAUGCCAGUGAUAUGGCUGCUUCGCUUUUUUGCAAACGCUUUCACUUUAACACCACACAAUGGAUCAGAAGCACUGGUAUGGCUUUUCCACCAAAAACCUGAGUCUCUCAAUCCGCUAAUGAAAUAUCUAAGUGCCACCACAGGCUUGGGAAACAGUUAUGUCACUAUGCAAAAGCUGGACGUAGAUGAAGACACUGCUGAAAAAUUUUACCAAAACUUACUGGAACUGGAAACACACGUUAGGGUCACCAUUCAAAAAUCAGAUCACCAGAGUUGAUGUGACACUCUCAGGACCAUCAAGUAUAUUCUGGGACAUGUGACUGUGUGUUGACCUGGAUGGAUACAUGUUUUUAGUAAAACAUGAACUGUGAUCUCUUUUGCUUCCCUUCAGUGUUCUCUCCAAGACAGUUCAUAUGUGCAGGUGAGACAAGAUGGGUAAAAAUAUCAAUUAGAUAUUCUCCCGAAUGAGUGUCAGCCAGAAGGCCUAGAGCCACCCCAGAGAACAUCUGUUAUAUUGUUCUGCCAACUGGAGCCCAAGGUAGACUAUGAGAAAGGACAGACUGGAAUAUUGUGACAGAGGUGCCCUGUGGACGUCUUAUUGGUUCGGCCCUAACAAGACGAGGGAUUUCCAUUUUCUAAGUGACAUUGUUAGCUUUAUUGCUUUCCUUGUGAACAACUUUUUCCCUAGGUCUUUUGCUUUAUUUUUUUCUUCCUGUACUUCUGUGAUCCUAACCUAAGAUUGUUGGAUUCCAAACAAUCCUAAUAUGGACGUCUGUGUACUUAAUCCCAGGAGCAAAACUAUGUGUGUGUUUGGAUCACUCAAAUUAUCUUCUCACCUACAAAGGGUCUUUUAUUGAUUUAGGGUUAGUUUAUAAACACUGAGCUUGACCUUUAGCACCAUUUUCAGAUUGUUCAUUAGUGACCAACUCAUUUUCCUAAUCAUAUUUGAAUAGAUACAAACUUGCAGUAGAACAUUAUCUACUCACCUUAAGUUUUGUUAAAACUUUCAAAUUGAAGAAGUGCUGAUUGGGUAUCAGUCCUGUGUAAAGUACACUAUAGAAUAGUGGAGGAGAGUGGUUCAUUUAGUUUAUGGGUAAAUCAAGCAGGUAAUCAAGCAAAACCUUCUGUUUAUAAAUUUUAAAAUAGCCACAUCCCAGGCUUCCUUUGAUAUGAAAACAAAAUGCUAAAAUACCUUGAUAGUUUUACCAUAAAUAAAACCAACAUAACAUUUGAAAAAUGAUAGUUGAUAAAAUUUUGAAUGAAUACGUAAAAGAGGAAAGCAAUUCACAUAUAUAAUUUCUCUAUAGCUUAAAGUAUGUAUGGAGUUUUUGUUAUAAUUUCUGUAAUUUUGCGUUAAAGAUUUUUUAAUGUAAGGACUGGUUUGUUUUGGGAGAGGGAGGCCAAGCUGCAGGCAGAGCUGAUUUGUAUUCUGUCACCUGCUGUCACUUUGGAAGCAGCCCCUUGCUGCUGUGGAUCUCAGGUUCCUUGUCUGUAAAGUGGAGUUAUCAUCAUUCUGCUUCCUUUACUCAUGGGUGUGGACUGAGGAGUUAAUGCACUAAUCAUGUGAAUGAAUGAAUGAAGAUUUUCUUUGCUUUGUUGUUUGAGAAUCACAGUGCUUUUUGUUAGAGACCAUUAAUCCAGAAAGUCCUAGUUAGAUGCUAUAGUGCAAGGCGCAGAGUAACCAUUGCCUGUCUGGCAUGGGAUGGGAGGAGGAGAAUGGGCCCUAAGUGGACAUGGGAUUAGAUUUGUCUGUGGGCUGAUCAGUGGUGCACCCUUGUAACCCCAGCAGUUUGGGAGGCUGAGCCAGGAGGAUCACAGAUUGGAGUCUGGCCUGGUCAAUUUAGCAAGAACCUAUCUCAUAUAAAAUGGGUUGGAGAUGUAUCAGACUGUUCUAUCACUAAAAUGCAUUUAUAAAAAAGUAACAUGAACACAAUAAUAAAAUUCAUGUUUAACUUUAAUUCAGGUCAAAGAUGAACGUAUAUUGGAAUUUAGAAAAUAUUUGCAAUUAACAAUGAAACUGUACAUUUCAGUAUGAAUAAAAUUUGUUUAAGAAUUAUUAAGUUUUUGAUGAAUAGAAAAAGGAAAGACUGAAAAUUAAUUGGUUACAUGUUGAACUCAAAAAGUUAGAGGGAAAGUAUAAGCAGAAGAAGGAAAAGAAAAAAAUAGAAAACAUUGAGUUAAUAAAAAUAUAAUAAGAGUUAUUUUCUUUUUGCAGUUUCAUAAUAUUUUAUUAUAGGAUGCAACUUGGCAUUAAGGUUUUUCAAGUUCACUCCCUGAAAAUACAUUUUUCUAGAAGAUAGAAUCAGUUCAUUUAAAAGAAAAAUAUUAAACCUUUGGUGAUGGAUGUAUAUAUGAACAAAACAAAACAAAACAAAAAACCAAAGACUAGGUACUAAAAACAUCAUUAGGAUCAAAAGAGAAUAGAUUUUAAAAAUGAGAGGACACUAUUAAAAUAUUUAUACUUUAGAUUUGAGAGUCCUGUUUUUUUUUCAGUUUUUUAUGCAUACCUUCUAGAUAAAAGUCCUUUGAGGGACAGUUGGCAAAAAUAUUUUCCCAAUCUGUGGGUUUUCUUUCCACUCUGUUGGUGAUUUCUUUUGUGUGCAAAAACUUUUUAAUGUGACAAGAUCCUAGUUGUUGAUUCUUUGAAGUACUUCCCUUGCAGUUUGGUUUUUGUUUAUGGACUCUUUGCCUACCCCUAUGUCCUCAAGAUUUCUACCUACUUUGUCUUCCAGUAGGUUUAAUAUUUCUGUCUUAAAAUUUAGAUCUUUGAUCCAUUUUGACUUUACGUUCAGCAUCACUGGUCAUUUGAGAAACACAAAUUAAAACAACACCAAGAUAUCAUCUCAUCCCAGAAGAAUGGCUAACAUCAAGAAAUUAACCAAUAACAAAUGCUGGUGGGGCUGUGGGGAAAAAGGAACCCUUCUUCAUUGUUGGUAAGAAUGGAGACUGGUUCAACCACUAUGAAAAUCAGUGUGGAGAUUCCUUAGAAAACUAGGAUUAGAGAUUUCAUUCAACCCAGCUCUUCCCCUUCUGGGUAUUUUCCCAGAAGAAUUAAAAGCAUCAUACCACAGUGACAUAUGUGCACCCAUGUUUAUAGCUGCACAAUUUGUAAUAACCAGAUCUGGAAGCAACUCAAAUGUCCAUUAACUGAGGAAAGUAUAAAAAAGAUGUGAUGUUUUUACACAAGGGAAAUACAACUCAACCAUGAAGCAUGAUACACUUGAGGCUUUUAUAGGUAAAUGGAUGCAACGAGAAACCAUGCUCAUAAAUGAAAUAAAUCAGAUUUGCAUAUAUAAACAUCAGAUUGUCUUGUUUGUGUAAGAAACUGAAAGAACAAAUAAGAUCCAAAAGCUACAAUAGAUAAUAGUAAAAACAAAAAUUACUCGAAGAGAAGUUACAUUCUUUGAUCACUCUUGCAUGCCUGUAUCUGAUAAUCUGAGUAAUUUUUUUGAUGAUAACAAUAUGCAAUAUAAUAAACAUUGUUAAGUACCUAUCAUCUUGUUUUGAAAUCUUGUAUCACCAUUGUUUUUGUUGUUGUGGUUGUCAUUUUGCUUUUGUUGUUGUUUUUUGACAGUUUCCUUCUUAAUUUUUCAGUUUUUUCUCUUUAAAAUAAAAAAAAAGAAACGGAGAGAA